ACGCAUUGCAUUAAGCUGAUAACUAUUACAGAGUCUAAACAGAGCUUCUUUAUCUAACGUGACUUGCAUCACAAUUUUCUAAACUCAGCGUUCCAUAGAGUUGUGUGUUACUGCUUUUGAUAAAAUUUCUAUUGUAGAGAAUGUCGUAGGGCAUAUAUUCAAUUUUUAUUGCAUAGCGUCUUUCUUUAUGGUUUUAACUAUACAAUCAGGUUUACCGGUUCGAUUUUGGUUUUGGUGCUCGAUUAUGGUCAGAUCAGAUUAUUGAAUUGAGAACUCAGACAACAAGUUCAAUUUCGGUGAAAUUUUUUCGAUAAGUAUAUUUUCAAUGAGGAAGAGAGAACUAGGUAGACACAUAUACUUUAUUACCAUUCAGAUUAUAGAAGAGAUAUAUCACAAAAGAUGAAAAAAAUAAUAAACAUCAAUUGUCUCGAACAUCCAUCACAAACAUCAAUAAAAAACAUCACAAACACAAACUAGUGCUAUGGUUUGUUAUUAUCAACUUUUUAUUUAACAGACAUAGAGAUAUAUUAUCAAAAAUCUAUAAAACUAACAAGACUGCAGAAAACAAGAAAACAAAAGUCGCUGCUGCCCGAACGGCUGUCGAAGGCACAGGUCCAUGACCAGGACCCCCAAAAUAGAAGUGAUUCUCACAAGCUUCUGUGUUCGACUUCAUUAUCGUAUAUAACUCUUCGUGGUCUGCUUGCAGGUUGAAAUCUUCCACUGGUUGAAGGGAAUUGUGUUCUUCAGCGACGUUGAGGUUACAGAAAUAGGCAGAUUUUCUGUAACCUUUCUCAGGAAACUCCACGGAACCCAUCUGGGUUAUUGUGCUCAGGCCAGAGGUGUUUCGGUAUAAGAUCUCUCCACCCCACUCCACCAUUGUUGCAUGGUUGGACAUAGUGGUGAACAGCUGGGCGGGCCAAUAACCAACCGGUUCAAAAGUGUCAACGCCGAUUGCCAACCACCAGUUACCAGAUAUAGGAUCCUGCAAUUUUUAACACGGUUAGGUGACUACGUAUUAAAUUAAACAAAAUAAAUUUAACUUCAGAUCUUUUUUCCUAUAAAAUAGUUCACUAGAUGAGAGAUUGUUAAUCACGGCUAGGUAUGACUACACCACAUAGUCAGCCUCACCGUAGGCAGACGGGGAAUAAAAACAAAAGAUAUCAGAGGAUCUGAAUUGAUAGAUAUCAAUCAAAAUACCAAACAAUGCUGAUCUAGAUUCUAUCCAUUUAACGAGGUUGAUGGGGGAGAAAAUCCAACAUAAUCUAGAGAUUUAUUUGAAAAAGCAGCACAUAUUGUCGCUAAACCGACAACCAGGGCCUCAGCCAUUAACACCAACUACACAAGCUGCAAGAUUACUGAGAAGGCGAUCUGCAUAGGAUGAACCUGACAACAUACCUCCCAACCCGCAAUUGCCAGAAGAAGAAUCCCAAGCCACAUCAACAUGGAAUUUUAUGAAUCAUGUAGCAGCUGAGGGUAGCUGAGGAGCUCUGAUGUGCCAGGAGAAUACUUAUGGAGCUGAGAUUUUCAUCGUUGGAAAAAGUUUGGCAUUAUGCCAGUAUCUUCUAUCAGAGAUGACCUUAUUCACUCUCUUCAUUGUCAAGAAAAUUCAAUCCUCAACAUCUCUUUUUAUGGGCCUUCCAUAGAUUCACAGAAUCCAAGGCAAGAAUGGAACUGAGAUGCCAACUGGAGGAAGAGAAACCAGUCUCGACAAGAAGAUAGAGAGGUUGUGAUUGACGGAUGUAGAGAAUACUCACUAGCGGUUUCAACUCCCGGACUUCCAAUACCAACCGAACAACAAAGAAAUACAUGUAACUCAUCCUCCAUAACUCCACACGACUUACAUGGAAAGGAGGUGACUCCACGAAUUUCUAAAUUCUUGCUAUCUGGUUGAUAAUUUUUAAUUUUAGCUCUAUCGUAAUUGGAAUAAUAUCAAUUUAUUACUUACUAGUAGAAAGAAAAUGAGCAGUUUACUUUUAUUAUUUUAAACACAUGAAGAAUUCUUAUCAUUUCUGUGGCACCGGCUAAUUGUUGCUUAAUUGGCAUGUAUUAUUUUUCUUUUUGUUAGUAUUAUUUUUCUUUUUGUUACGACAGUUUGUAUUUUGAUUGAAGUUUUAUUUAUUACAUGUAAUUCUAUAUUUUUACAUUUUUAUGGUUCCACCAUUUAAACUUUCUAGCAUACACCAGAUGAUAAUAUCUUGCAUUUGCCAUUAGCAUUUUCAGAUUUGAUUUACCAUAACUUCUACAACGUGUGGUUUAUAUGCAUAUGUACAUUUUAUCUAUGCAAACUUGGUAUUCAGGUUAAGAUUUUUGUAUUUUUGUUAGUUUUAGUGUUUUGUCAUGUAGACCAAACAAUAUUGUUCCCCCUUAGACAAAUUCCACUUCAUAGAUACUCUAACUCUAAUAAGAGUAUUCAAGUAAUAAAAGAAAAUAAAAAAAUUAAAGCAAAAAAAUGAAGAAAAAGACAAUGUAAAUAUCUCAUUGCGAUAUCAUGUGACACUCCUAACCACACUUGUCAACAUUUAAAUUUAAUCAGUUAAUUCAAUUAAUAUUACAAUAAUAAGUUUAUUUGAUUAGCACCAUUUUUAGAUACCAGUGCAAUACAGUUGCUUUUAAAAAGAAAUGAGCCUUAUGAGGCAAGGAAAACAACAAGUCACCAACUAAGAACGUAGCCAAACAGAGCAAUAAGGUAAUUAAUAUACAUAAAUUAAAUUUUUUUUUGUGAAACUAUUCGAUUACAGUAUGUUAAUUAAUAAUUGAACAACCACCAUUAACUUUGUUUGUUUGAACAACAACAACACUUACAAGGUUUUCUUGCUCAUGACCUUACAAAACUCACUUAAGACCAAUCCCUCUUUAUCAAAACUCUCAUCAUCAGACCCCUCUGUAUUUCCCUUUUGAUCCAUCCUCUGUACUUCCCUCUUCCCUCUUCAUGCCUGUUUCGUUUACGCGGUAGAAUUGCUCGAGAUUUCAAGCUAGGAGAAGCAUGACAGCUCCUUGGCUGCGAUGGACCACUACUCUUCAUGCCUGUUUCGUUCACGCAAUCGAAUUGUUCGGUGUCCUUGAAAGAGCAACACCCAAAUCAGUUCUUGAACUUGUUAAAUAUCUCACGUUGGCCCACGUUCUCAUGUCUAUUUGUGUCACUGUGGCCAUGUCUACUCCAGUUUUGACAAUCAAUAGUCCGGACGGGGACCUGAUCGACUGCAUGAAGAUAAACGAUCAACUGGCUCUUCAACACCCGCUCCUGAAACACCACAAAAUCCAGGAAACACCAACUGGUCAUAUGGUACAAAAAGGAGAAAAUUCUGGUUGGCAAGUAUGGCACAGGAGUGGAGCGUGUCCCCGAGGAUCUAUUCCUGUAAGAAGGUCUGAAGACAAAAAUUUUCAGAAGAAUGAGACAGUUACUCCCAAUGCCGCUGCAGAUAGGGCCACUCGUGGACACCAGGCGAGUACCUAAUACUAAUUUAGUUUUCCAAAUAUAUACACAAAAUUAUGAAGGAUGAUAAACAUAUUAGAUAAAUUAUUUCCGUUUAUUUGAAUCGUUACUUAAUCGUUUGAAGUUUAAAAAAAAAAUUAGAACGAUUUAAGAAAUAAUUUCAGAACUACCGUAACGAAUUUAGUGGGUGAUUAAUAACAUUUCUAAGCAUUUGAGAAUAAUUUAAAAGGAAAAUUAUUUAUAGAAAUUAAAACAUAAGUUUCAAAUAUAAGGCGUAUACUUUAGUAUUUUCCCUCAUCAAAACUCUUAAUAGGAAUCACUAACUUAAUCUGAAAUUAAUUAAAAAAAAAAACUUAAUCUGAAUUCAUAGAUUUCUUUUGCCUCACUUCUUGAGCCUUUUUUGUUUCUUCUUUAUUUCGGAAAUCAAAGACGAUAAUUAAAUCGUAUCUUCUUCCUCGUCAGAGGCAUAACCUGUUCUACGUAUUUACGUAUCUACAUUGAGUUCCUAGCUUGCGACAGAUGUCAAUUUAUUUGCUCCCACAAUCAAGAAGUUAAAAAUUUAAGAAAAUUUAUACCCUCUACACCCCAAAUCUAUCCUAUUUAACUGCAUACCCUAUUUCCCCUCCUUUUUCCACCCCCCGAUCAUAAACAUUUCCCUCCCUUCUAUGGUAUUCCCCUUCUUUUAAGGUAUUCACCUAAUUUGCUCAAAAUUUAAAAUCUUCAUCAUCAAAAGAUUGGUAAAUCAAGAAGAAAAAUUUACCAGGGUCAUGUUACUUUUUAUAUAAA